GGAGCCAGGAGCUAAUGGUUCUGGAGAAAUGCUAGAGCCAAAGAGAAGUCCGGAUACAGGUGUGAACUGCGAGCAUUGAGGACAACAGUAGUGUUGAUGACCCCUGACCCGACGUUGGGAAGCGUCUACAGAAUGCCAUUUCUUUUAGGUAGAGACUGAAAGUUGGAUGGUGUUUGUGUUGGUGUGAAGCAUUGCUGAAGUGGAUUGAAGGCAUUGGGAGCCACAGGGCCUUUGAAAGGUCAGAUUCAGGGAAAGUAGACUUGUUGGUGGCACAAGAAUUGAUGCAAGCUCCGUUUCUGUGACUGGGUAGACAUACUGUUCAGUAAGGACCUCUAGACCCUGUGGAAAGGGUCCGGUGUAUAGGACUCUCCCGAAGACCAGUCUGAACAAAUCUCUGCUGUUUAGUGAAAAAAUAAGUGGUGCAGAAGGAACGAAGCUAGAUGAAGAGUUUCUGGAUAUGGAAAAGAAAAUAGAUAUUACCAAUAAAGCUGUUGCAGAAAUUCUUUCAAAAGCCACAGAGUAUCUCCAGCCCAAUCCAGCAUACAGAGCUAAGCUAGGAAUGCUGAACACUAUGUCGAAGCUCCGAGGGCAGGUGAAGGCCACCGGCUACCCGCAGACGGAAGGCUUGCUGGGGGACUGCAUGCUCAAGUACGGCAGGGAGCUCGGAGAAGACUCUGCUUUUGGCAACUCAUUGGUAGAAGUUGGUGAGGCCCUGAAACUCAUGGCUGAGGUGAAGGACUCUCUGGAUAUUAAUGUGAAGCAGACUUUUAUUGACCCACUACAGCUACUGCAAGACAAAGAUUUAAAAGAGAUUGGGCACCACCUGAGGAAGCUAGAAGGCCGCCGUCUGGACUAUGAUUAUAAAAAGAAGCGGGUAGGUAAGAUUCCCGAGGAAGAAGUCAGACAAGCAGUAGAAAAGUUUGAAGAGUCAAAGGAGUUGGCCGAAAGAAGCAUGUUUAAUUUUUUAGAAAAUGACGUAGAGCAAGUGAGUCAGCUGGCCGUGUUUGUAGAGGCGGCGUUAGACUAUCACAGGCAGUCCACCGAUAUCCUGCAGGAGCUGCAGAACAAGCUAGAGCUGCGAAUAGCUCUUGCAUCCCAAGUCCCUAGGCGAGACUACAUGCCAAAGCCUGUGAACAGGAGUUCCACCAAUGCCAACGGGGUUGAACCCAGCUCUUCAAAGAUAACAGGUACUGACAUUCCCUCGGACCAGCCCUGCUGUCGUGGUCUCUAUGACUUUGAGCCAGAAAACGAAGGAGAAUUGGGAUUUAAAGAAGGGGACAUCAUUACAUUAACCAAUCAGAUAGAUGAAAACUGGUAUGAAGGAAUGCUCCGUGGGGAAUCCGGCUUCUUCCCCAUUAAUUACGUGGAAGUCAUUGUGCCUUUACCUCGGUGAAUGUGUCUUUUGGACCUAACUUCAGAACUGAAAUGAAUUGGCACCAGUGUCCUCUCAGUGUGGUGUUCUGUGACAUCCUCGCUCUCUGGCCCACUUAAUCACUUUUGUAUGUGUGUUUUCUUUAUAAUGUAUUUUGUAUCAAUUUAAUUUGUAUAACUGAUUUCUUUGUCCUAACUCAUAAAAAUAGUUUUCUUCUUGUUCUAAAAAGCAUUGGUAAAUGUAUUUGCUUCCUGUUGCUAAGAAAAGUAAAUCGCGCCCAUUCGAAUGGCCUGGGUAGUCCUUAGCUGCAGUGGGAUCGCGCCCUUUGCGGCUAUGAAAGCUAAAGAUUUUGUUUCUUGACAUUAUUGACGGCGUUUGGUCUUUUCCUGUUUUAAGCUUACCUGUGAACAGCCCAAUAAACAUGGCACACUGUGUUCAUAAAA